UUUGUCAUUAAAAGCACCUCUGCACAGUCUCCAUGGACAAGAAUGGUAACCAACAGUACCCCAUACCUGGAUACUUUUACAUCUUCUAGUUUGAAUGAACCAGAAAAUGAUGAGCCAAACACCUCUCCCUUAUAUGAAUACGACCAUGGUGACAACUACAGUAAACAUCUUGAUCCAUCUGCGUUUGCCUAUGUUUAUGGAGAUAAUGUAUCCAGCAUCAUAUCUGUGUUAUACUCUCUGUUCUUCGUGUUGGGCCUGCUGGGUAACCUGCUGGUGUUAUGGGUGAUGUUGAAGGGUGUAAAGCUGAGAAGCAUGACUGACAUCUGUCUCCUGAAUCUGGCUUUAGCUGAUCUGCUGCUGGUCUUCUCUCUCCCAUUCCUGGCUCACUAUGCCAGAGAUCAGUGGAUCUUUGGAGGCCUCAUGUGCACCAUCGUUUUAAGCGUCUAUCACAUUGGAUUCUACAGUGGGAUUUUCUUCAUUGUACUGAUGAGUGCUGACAGAUAUUUAGCUGUGGUUCAUUCUGUGAUUGCAUGGAAAGACAGUACAAAGGCUUAUGGGAUUAUAGCCAGUGUGAUCAUCUGGAUCAUUGCUAUUGCAGCAUCGUUUCCUGAGCUUAUGUACCUGACAACCAAUGAACACAAUAAAAUACACUGUCAGUCUUUUCCAACAGAUGAUCACAACUCUCACCAUUAUGUUGCUGUUUUUAGAAUGAAUGUUUUAGGAUUCAUCCUUCUACUUUGUGUAAUUGGAUUUUGUUACUUAAUGAUUCUUCACAGAUUCUUAACAGUUCCCUCUUCCAGGAAACAGUCCAUGAGACUUGUCAUUGUAGUGGUGGUUGUCUUCUUCUGCUGUUGGGCUCCAUAUAAUAUUGCAGCUUUUGUGAAAGCAUUGGAGCUAAAUAAACUCAUAGAAACAUCAUAUGAAUACAGUCUUCAGAUCACAGAAGCUCUGGCUUACUCACACAGCUGCUUAAAUCCCAUUCUCUGUGUGUUUGUAGUAGGAGAGAAAUGUAGGGGCACCAUUUCAGACGCAUAA